UCUAACUUGCUCGUCUUCUUCAAGAAAUGUGUAGCUUUGCGCAGUUACUCCGUCGCCCUCACGUUGGUAUAAACUGCCGGUCUGGGUUUCUUUUCACUAUUAUUUCUUUGAGCCAUAAAAUUCCAUUGCCGAAUCUACGUGCUGGAGAAGUCAGACCUUAGUCUGGGUUGCCCUUGACCAGAAUCAAUGGGGAGAAGUGAUGAUAUCAGCUCCAUCCAGAGCACCCUUUCAGACCUCGAACAGCGCGCUUCGACUCUAGAAAGCAAGAUUUCUGUUGGAGACACCGGUCCUAAAAAUGGUCCUAUCGAUAAGCAUAUACGUAUUGCCCUAGUGGGCCCUCCAGGAUCAGGGAAGUCAACUCAGGCGACAAAGCUUAAGAACAAGUUUUGCAUAUGUCACCUUCCCAUUGGACAAGUUUUACGGUCUCAGAUCUCUAGAGGAACUCCAGGAGUCAAGUCUGCAAGAGAUGUAAUGGGACAUAGUAGUUUAGUUACAGACGAGACUAUGAUCGAUCUUAUCCGCGACGAAAUUAACAAUAAUAAGGAAUGCAAAAAUGGGUUUGUUCUUGAUGAUUUUCCACGCAACCUCACCGAGGCCAGGCUUCUAGAUCAAAUGCUAGAAUCCCAGAACCAGCGACUUCAUCAUGCAAUUGAACUCGGAGUUUCUGAUACUGGUUUGCUAGAGUCACGAAUAACAGGGCGUCUGACCCAUCUUGCAUCGGGCCGUUUAUAUCAUACGAUCUUUCACCCUCCCAAAGAGUACAUGAAAGAUGAUAUCACGGGAGAGCCUCUUGUACAUCGUCCAGAUGACACAGUCAAGAAUACGAGGGAUCGUCUGAACAUAUAUCGCGAGCGAAUGACACUUAUUCCUGACUAUUAUAAGAGAAAGGGUAUAUGGAGGGAGGUGGAUGGUAGUCAGGGGGAAGGUCAGGUAUUUAACUCCAUCCUAAGAGAAAUUGAAAGAGAAGGCAGUUAAAGAACUAUUCUGGUUUUAUCUUGGUAUUAUUCUGUAUUAUCCCCA